CAUAAAUGUACGCGCUCAUCCGCCCCACCCCGGCCGUACGGUCCAGCUAUGUCCCUUUCUUCUCCUGCUCCUUGGCCUGCACCUCCUUGAACCCCGAUAUGACCUUGUCGCGCUCGUCAACGCUUUCAAGCAGGACGCAGCCGUGGCCCUCCAACGCGUCGUCCGACGCUGCAAACAUCAUGCAAAGAGCAGGCAUUGACAUACCUCUCACACACUGCUGCGCUGUGCUGUGCUGUGUGCCCACGUACACUGGGUCUCUGGCGAGUGCAACAGAGGGGCGCUGACUCGAAAAGGACGGGCACCUACAGUGCAUGGGGCAGCGCAUGCACUUCUUUUCCAUGCUCGUUUCUGUUGGGGUCACUGGAUGCAGUCAGGCAUACCGAUGAACAAGAGGCUGUCCCACUCAUCGUCGUGCAGGGCGAGUUUGGGGUUCAGCCUCAGCAGCUCUGCCGGUCCCUCGCGAAAGGUCUGAUACUUGGAUGACCUCAGGUCGCACGAAAAUGGGGCCUUCUUGCCCUCUGUGUCCCUGACGCACAGACACACAACACACACACAGACAGACAGCAGAGUUGGAAAUGCGCUGAGUGCAAUCGACGGUGCGUGGUGUUGUGUGUUACUUGACGGUGACGAGGUACUGUUUGAAGUUGACAACGAAGGUCGCGUCAUGCCGGAUGCCGCUGAUGAGAUCAAUCAUCUCGACCUUGACACCCUGAAUGAAGUAAUUUCACCCACACCCACCAAGGAUGUUGGUCUUCCUCUCUGUCUCCUCCCGUGUCUCCGCGUCUCCGUGUCUCCUGCGCCUUACCUUCUCGAGUUUUUUCUUGAAGUCCUCGAGCUUGCCCCUGUCCCACUUGAUGGUGGCCGCCCUCUCCCUCUGUGUGACGGCCCUGCCCGUCCUCUCGUCCAUCAGCCACAUCCGAAGCACCUCCAGACCUGCAGCAGGCAGUGAGAGCUCAGAUGUCUCAGCGGUCUGUCAGUCGGUCACAUCGGGAGCGCAAGGAGCACGCCGCACCUGAGCAGACCAUCGCCUUCGGCACAGGCACGCUGCCCGGCUGGGAGGGGUCCUUUGGCUUGAGCAGAAUGGUCAAGCUGCACAACACCACACCACGCCGUCUGUUCUCUUCAUAUGUCUCCGUGACACACAGCGAUAGUGCCAAACGUACAGUGGUGUCGGGACAAAUUUGAAUUUGUCCGCCAGCUUGCCCUCCAUAUUUGGCUUGGCGGCGGUCUCCAGCACCACGAUCUGGGACAGCUGGUCUGCCGUCAGCACAAGGGUCUUGUCCUUCCGGAGCCGCUCAAGGUCUGCCCGGAUGCACGUCGGCGGCGUCUCGAAGAGCCCGUGCACAUCGACCACCUCGUCAAGGGCGAGACUGAAUGGGGAGAAGACAGCAAAUGAGGCAUUCAGGCGGGUAGUGAGACAGGCAGACAGAGAGAGAAGCGUCUCACCUGAUGAGGUCUUCGCCGUCCCUCUCUCCCCUGAGCGACACUGUCUUGAGGGCAUCGUCACAAAAGAAGCGGGCUGGGUGCACCUGCCCCCUCUGCAGGUCUAUCAAAUCAACAGGGAUGCCCUUCAGCGCCGCUCUCCCAAACGCAAAAACGCAAUUCUGAACGACAUUCAGCACACACACACACAAUGAAUGGCUGACGGUGGCCUUGAAAUUCCUUCUUUCUCUUCUGACCUGAAGCUCCUCGGGCGAUUUGGGCACAGGCACGAUCUCUGUGCCGUAAAGGCCGGAGUAGUGGAUGGACUCCUGAGCUUCUUUCGUCAGCUGGAGCGUGUUUGACUUCUCAGCAGCGGGCUUGGGGAACUUGGCAGCGGCGGAGCCCUGGCUGCCCUUGCUGGCCCUGACCUCCUCGGUAGGCUCGAAUCUGGCCUCCGGCUCCUUGUCCACCUGCCCACAGCAGUUGAAGAGAGAUUUGCACCAAUUUGCCAUCGGACGGACAAACGGGGGCGAA